AUGUGCCUACUUUCAUUUUCUCAUGAAGAUCCUCCCCUUUUGAUAAGCUAUAUAAUGGGCACUGAAACAGGUGCAUAAUUACAUUCACCUCCUGAUCAAAGAUGGAUCUGCAAAUCUCAGUUUUUCUUCUCUUCAUUCUUUUCACUGCAGGACACUCUCUCAGCUGUUAUGAGUGCAAGGGUCUGAACGGUUCUUGUGCAGAUCAAACGGUACAAACUUGUCAUAGUGGAUAUUCUCAGUGCAUGAGUUCAACAGGAGUAUCAAAAUUUGGUGAGGUUAGUGGUAAAGUGAAGACUAAAGAUUGUGCUUUUGCCUGUCAAAGUGGGUCCUUGAACUUAGGAUAUAUAAAGACAACUACUUCCUGCUGUGACACAGACAAGUGUAACCUCCAAGAUGCUCCAGAUCCCUCUGACAUCCCCAAUGGAAAGACAUGUUACUCCUGUGAUAUUCAGAGCUGCACAAACACAUUGAUCUGUUCAGGGGACGAAGACCACUGCAUUCAAAUAACAUCAACUUUUGGAGGCCAGUCAACGGUGCUAAAAGGCUGUGCCUCUAAAUCACUUUGUGAUGGCAUAGAAUUUGAUCUUGGUGUUGCGAGCUUCGCAUGUUGUAAGGGGAACCUGUGUAAUGGUGCUCAGAGUGUCAACCAGAGAUGGGAGCUCUAGCACAAUUCUAUGGCGAGUCGAUCAUGCUGUGGAUAACCUACUGAAGGAGACAGUUGUGUACUUUUAUGUGAGAGAAGGGGUACGUUGCCACCACAGACUUGUGACACCAACGUCUAAGAAGUACAUCGCCACCACAAAAAAUUAAUCUUACUCUCGUUUUUUUUUUUCUAGCUUUUCUUAUCUUUCCUUUGUUAUGUUUCUUAUCAAUCAUUGUUAACUUUUUCUUUUACUUUCCUGUAUUCUGAUGACAUUGAAUAUAUUCUUGAUAUAUAUUGUGUAGCUAUUAUAUACAAAGUUGUAUGUUAUUGUCAUCUAUUGUUUACAAGCAUAAUAAAAAAAAUGUAUUAAAACUAUUUACUCACUUUCUCCUGGA